CUGUUUUUUUUCUCUCUGUCUCUCAGUUAUGAUAUUCAAGGUGCCAUUAUCCAGUCUUUAUUAUUUUCCCUGGCUCAAUCUUGUGCUACUUUUGUACUCUCAGGAGGAAUGAUCAUUGGAGCUUAUGCUUACACUUCUCCUGGUACUGUCUAUUAUGCUGACAUUAGCAACAUCUUCAAAGCUAUCGGUGCAAUGCUGUACGCUGGAUGGUUGUUUAAGGAACUCAUCCGCUCACUGCCUGAUACCCAGUCGGCACAAAUAGCAGCUUCAAGAAUAUUAGCACUGCUGGAGGAAAAACCCUCCAUUAACAUACCUAACCAAGGAGUGGAUAUCGCCACAAAAUUUCAAGAAGAUUACGCUAAGCUUGCAUUAGACGACAUUCACUUCUCUUACUUGUCUCGUCCUGGUGUAGUGGUACUACCAGGCCUGAGUCUCACUGUUAAACCAGGAAAGACUCUCGGCAUAGUAGGACCAAGUGGAUCAGGAAAGAGUACCAUACUGUCACUUGCAGAGAGAUUCUAUGAUCCUGAUCCUGAUUCAGGAUCAAUAGAAUUCAACAAUAUCAAUAUCAAUAUCUUUGAGAUCUCAUCUCUCCGGAGACAGAUGAGUCUAGUACCACAGGACCCAGUUUUAUUUGACAUGUCUAUUUCUGAUAACAUUCGUUAUGGGGCUUUAUUUAGAAAUGACAUUACUGAAGAGGAAGUCAUAGAAGUGGCUAAAGUUGCUAAUAUUCACGAGUUCAUUAUGUCACUGCCUCAUGGUUACCAGACUAUGGUUGGUAGUAGAGGCACUCAACUAAGUGGCGGCGAGAAGCAGCGAGUAGCCAUUGCUCGUGCUUUAAUUAGAAACCCUAAAAUCCUCCUCCUUGACGAAGCAACAUCAGCUCUUGACUCCGAAAAUGAGAAAGUGGUUCAAGAAGCUCUUGAUAAAGCAAGGAGAGGUCGUACUACCAUUAUCAUAGCUUACCGACUGUCUACCAUAUAUGAAGCUGAUUCUAUUGCUGUCCUUCAUGAGGGAAGUGUUGUGGAGCAGGGAACUCAUGAGGAACUGAUGAGAUUGCAAGGACACUACUACCUAAUGAACAGUGUCUCACAGCAGCAGAAGGAGGAGGAGGAGGAAGACGACAUUUUUGUUUGAUUUAUUAUAAUUUUUAAUUGGUUUUCACUCACUAUAAUUAUUAAAUCUAGCUAUUGAUUUUUAUGAUGGAAUCAUUAUACGUCUAUAACAGUUUUUUAAAUAUUUAAUUUUACUGAUAUCAAUUUACUAUGAAACUAUGAAUGAACAAA